UAUGGCGGCCAGCUCAGAUCGGAAUCCCCCUCCUUUCCCUGCUGCGGAGGAGCUUGAACCAGGACUCUCCGAGAUGGCCGAAGGAGAUAGUGAUGAAGGAGAGGAUAUCUUUGUGAGUAAUAGUAACCCUGUUUCUAUGAGUUGUGAAGUUCGUCAGCCAGAUGCUGCCAGUGACGAGCCUCCAGAUCUUUUCAAUGAGGUGGAAACCAGCAACCCAGCCCCUAACAACACCAAGUCUAAUGGAGUCCAUUCUGAUGAUGACAAUGAUUUAUUCGCCGAGGCACCUGUGGAGCUGGCCACUGAAAAGCACAGCAGCUCAGCCAGGAAAGAUCUACCCUCCUCUUCUGGUGCUCGACCAUCUACCACAUUAACCCCCAGCACAUCAGCAAUGCCCAAAUCCAUGGAACAGUUGGAAGAGACUAAGGACAACUUUGAUGUGGAUGUUGCUGUCACUAACCCAGAGAAAAUUGGAGAUGGCAUGAAUGCAUACAUGGCCUACAAAGUAUCUACUCGGACUUCCUUGCCCAUGUUCAGGAACAAGACCUUCUCUGUGCGGCGACGCUUCAGUGACUUCCUGGGUCUGUAUGAGAAGCUGUCAGUCAAACAGUCGCUCCAUGGAUGUAUCAUUCCACCACCACCAGAAAAGAGUGUUGUAGGAAUGACCAAAGUUAAGGUAGGAAAAGAUGAUCCCUCAUCGGGUGAGUUUGUGGAGAGAAGAAGAGCUGCUCUUGAGAGGUAUCUCCAGAGAGUGGUGUCCCACCCAUCGCUACUCCAAGACCCUGAUGUGCGUGAGUUCUUGGAGAAAGAGGAGCUACCCAGAGCAGUCAACACCCAAACGUUGAGUGGUGCUGGCCUCCUUAAGAUGAUCAAUAAGGCAUCAGAUGCUGUAAACAAGAUGACCAUCAAGAUGAAUGAGUCUGACACUUGGUUUGAGGACAAACUGCAGGAGGUGGAGAAUGAGGAGCAGCAGCUUAGAAAGCUCCAUGUUGUGGUGGACUCUCUUGUCAAUCACAGAAAGGAGCUGUGUUGGAACACAGCAAUAUUUGCCAAAAGCAUGGCCAUGCUAGGGAACUCUGAAGAUAACACGGCCCUGUCACGUGCCCUGUCCCAACUGGCUGAGGUGGAGGACAAGAUGGAGCAGCUGCAUCAGGAGCAGGCUGCCACCGACUUCUUUAUAUUUGCUGAGAUGCUGGCAGACUACAUUCGUCUACUGGGUGCUGUGCGGGGCUGUUUUGACCAACGCAUGCGGGCGUGGCAACGCUGGCAGGAGGCUCAAAGUACGCUCCAAAAGAAGCGGGAAGCAGAGGCCAAGCUGCUGUGGGCCAACAAGCCAGACAAAUUGCAGCAGGCAAAAGAGGAGAUUACUGAGUGGGAGGGGCGAGUCACACAGUAUGAGAGGGAUUUCGACAGAAUCGGCAUGACUGUACGCAAGGAGGUACUCAGGUUUGAGAAAGAAAAAGCGAAGGACUUCAAAAACCAGAUAGUGAAAUAUUUGGAGGCAAUGCUACAGUCUCAGCAACGGCUUAUAAAGUUUUGGGAGGCAUUCCUGCCAGAGGCAAAGGCGAUAGCGUAAGAAGGAGACUGUUUUGAAAUUGAGACCCCAACUGCCUUUUUGAACACUUUACCUCCUGACCAGGAACUGAGAGGACUAUUUACUUAUUGAGGAACCGUCCAUUUGUCCAUUUCUUUUUUUAAUCAAAAUUAAUUCCCUACACCUGUACAGUUCUUUGAUAUGCUUCCUCACUUAAAAAAUAUUUUUUUUUACAUUCUUUCUUGUUUACAUUCUUUACUUGAAGAUGGCAAGGUUCCCUUGACAUAAAAAGUAUUAAACCUGCAGGGAAUAAUUUGGCAAUAGUAUUUGUUAAAAUCACUGUCACAGUGGGGGAGUUCUAUGUUAAUUGCUCAGACCAGGAUAUGGAAUGGUCAAUGUCCAGGUACUACCUUUUAUAAUAACAUUGUGCAUAGUUUACAGUCAAAGAUAGGUAUACAUAAAUCAUUCCAGUCUCUAACAAAAUAUGUUGAUGGAAUCUGUUUCAGAGGCAGAUAGGACUUUUAAUUAUAUACCACUAUUGAUGAAAGAACCCAGUUACCAAGAGUAUUAAUACAUUGUUACAGUUUGCUACUUUGUGUGUAUUUACUCACUUGCCGCAACUACAAAAAUGAUCAAGGAAUGUUAAGAUAACUGAGUGCUUGUUGGUGAAAACUAGUCACUAAUUAUUUUCUAUAUGAUUGUCUUUUUGUCAGAAUAAUGUUCAUCUAUGCGAAAUCCCCUCCUUCCACAGUAAUCCUAUACGCAUGUGUGUGAGAGAGAGAGUGAGUGAUGGAGAAUUAGUGACUGCAAGCAGUGCAUUGGUCUGUCACUAUCAGCGGUGAGGAUGCUCAGCAGAAAUGAUUUAGAAAUGUUAUGGAGAUUGCUCACUUCCCUUGUACAUGUAACAUAACCUGUACAGUGCUUGAAUUAAACCAUGGGCAAUGUUGUCAAAUGUUGGCAGUGUUCAAACAUGUGACAAGUUGGGUUUCACACGUGAAAAAUAUUGGCCCAUAUUUUCCUAAACAUUUGUAAGUGUAGUUUUCUGUCUUGUCAUAUUUACAUAAGAAUGUGCUUUAUUUUUGUAAUCACUUACAUCAGCUCAAACAUUUCUUGAAGUUACAAUACCUGUAGAUGUAAAGAAUAAAUGAUUGAUAAU